UUGCCGCAUCUGUCCCCCUCCCCCGCAUAUAGUCGGGUGUGGUUGAGAAGUAGAGUUUGAGCUGCAGAAGAAUUUGAGCUAUGGCGCACAGCUAUGGCACAAUGCUGCGUCCGUCGUCGUCCUUGCUUCAAGCUCCUGCUCCACUGUUCGACCAGGAUUGUACCGUCACUGUACACACGCACUCAUCCAAGUUUGGUAGCAAGAAUUGGUUGUCAGGGGUUCAGCUUGUGGCGGGCAGUUUGAGUGUCAAGCGAUCCCGGAGGUCGGCAUUGUUGUCGUGUCACGCGGUGGCUACUGUGGAAGCGGAGGGUAGCAAUGGCACUGCUCGCAUGGAUAGUGGCGAGGAGAAAAAGGAGGAGAAGUUGUAUGGUCGGCAAUUCUUUCCGCUGGCAUCUGUGGUGGGACACGACGCCAUCAAGUCGGCGUUGCUGCUGGGAGCUGUAGACCAGUGCAUAGGAGGUAUUGCCAUAGCCGGGAGGCGGGGAACUGCUAAGACUGUCAUGGCUCGAGGGUUGCACGCCAUUCUGCCGCCGAUUGAGGUGGUGGCUGGCUCUAUGUGCAACGCAGACCCGAACAAACCAGAGGAAUGGGAGCAGGGAUUGGCGGAGAGGCUGCAGUACAACGAUGACGGGAGUAUCAAGACGGAGGUCGUGAAGGCGCCGUUUAUUCAAAUUCCUCUCGGCGUGACUGAGGAUCGUUUAAUAGGAUCCGUGGACGUCGAGGAGUCUGUGAGAACAGGGACGACAGUGUAUCAGCCGGGUUUGCUGGCUGAGUGUCACAGAGGAGUGCUAUACGUGGAUGAGCUUAACCUCCUUGAUGACAGUAUUAGUAACCUGCUGUUGAAUGUGUUGACGGAAGGAGUCAACAUUAUUGAAAGGGAGGGAGUGAGUUUCAAGCAUCCCUGUCGGCCUCUCUUGAUUGCGACAUGGAACCCUGAGGAAGGCGAGGUAAGGGCUCACCUGCUCGAUCGCAUUGCAAUCAACCUGACCGCGGAUUUGCCUUUGUCAUUUGAGGAUCGAGUGAAUGCUGUGGGAAUUGCGACGGACUUUCAAAACGCAGCUGCCAGGGUUAUGGGAGAAUCCGCGGACGCCACAGAGCAGGCCAAGACGACCGUAACCCUUGCACGAGAAUGGUUGCAGGAUGUCACAAUUAGCAGGGAGCAGGUAAAAUACAUUGUGAUGGAGGCCAUACGUGGGGGCUGCCAGGGCCACAGGGCUGAGCUUGCCGCUGUGAGAUGUGCCAAGGCGUUGGCUGCCCUGGAAGGACGUGAUAGAGUUGGUGCUGACGACUUAAAGAAAGCAGUGGAGCUAGUCAUUCUCCCACGUUCUAUGGUAAUGGACAUGCCACCAGAUCAAGGACCUCCUCCACCACCCCCACCUCCCCCACCACCAAGUAACCAGGAUGAGGACCAAGAGGACAAGGAAGAAGAAGAGGAGGACAAGGAGGACGAAGAUGAAGAGGAUAAAGAAGACCAGGAGAACGAGGUGCCUGAUGAAUUUAUUUUUGAUGCAGAAGGUGGUCUUAUGGACCCUAAGCUUUUGUUUUUCGCACAACAAAUGAACAGGAGACGAGGGAAGGCCGGCCGUGCGAAGAAUGUCAUCUUCUCUGAGGAUCGUGGUCGCUAUAUUAAGCCCAUGAUUCCCAAAGGACAAGUGCGGAGACUGGCUGUGGAUGCUACAUUGCGUGCUGCUGCUCCUUAUCAAAAGCUGCGGAGGCAAAAAGCUGAAGAAUCUGGGGAAUAUCGGAAAGUUUUUGUAGAGCAAGGAGACAUGAGGUCGAAAAGAAUGGCUCGGAAGGCUGGAGCCCUAGUGAUUUUCGUCGUGGAUGCGAGUGGCAGCAUGGCUCUCAAUAGAAUGAAUAAUGCGAAAGGUGCCGCGAUGCAGCUCUUGGCCGACAGCUACACCAGCAGAGACCAGGUCUCGAUUAUUCCUUUCCGUGGAAACGAGGCAGAGGUUCUUCUUCCCCCUUCCCGAUCAAUUGCUAUGGCAAGGAAUCGACUUGACAGGCUUCCUUGUGGUGGUGGAUCUCCACUGGCUCACGGUUUGACCACCGCUGUGAGGGUCGGCAUGAAUGCGGAGAAGAGCGGGGAUGUAGGGCGAAUUAUGAUUGUGGCUAUCACCGAUGGGAGGGCAAAUGUUACUCUGAAGAAGUCUACGGGAGAUGAGGAGGCCAACAAACCAGACGCCCCGAAACCUACCCAGAAGGAGCUGAAGGAUGAGAUACUGGAGGUUGCCGGAAAGAUUUACAAAGCGGGUAUGUCGUUGCUGGUCAUAGAUACGGAGAACAAGUUCGUCUCCACAGGUUUUGCUAAAGAGAUCGCUCGAGUUGCACAAGGGAAGUACUACUAUUUGCCCAAUGCAUCUGACGCUGUGGUUGCAGCUGCCACAAAGGAAGCGCUCACAGGUUUGAAAAGUCAGUGAAGGGGCAUUUUAGGGUCAUGAUUGUUUAACUUGAGUUACACCACCAUCAUAUGAUUGAUGGGAUUUUGAUAUAAAUUUUUUUUCUUCUUAAAUAAUUCUUUUGAAGUGAAGAAUAUCAUCUUGAAAUUUUGUUUAUCCUAAUAUAUUUAUUAAUCGUAGAAAAAUCAUGCAUGUAAAAGUAUGGAAUGCAUCUAUUUUUGAAGAUGCAUCAAUUUGUUAAUUUUUUCCGACGUCUCAGUUUUUAAUGAAUAAUGAAAAUAGACAUUAA